AUGGCCGACAAGAACGGACCAAUCUUUAGUAUCAAGUUGGGCAUGCGUAGAGCUAUAGUAGUAAGCAGUUCAAAGAUGGUUAAAGAGUGUUUCACUACCAACGAUAAAGUCUUUGCCAGCCGUCCAAAAGCUUUGGCGACAGAACUCAUGGGUUACAACUAUGCCAUGUUCGCUUUCAGCCCAUAUGGUUCCUAUUGGCGUCAUGUUCGAAGAAUAGUCACUUUUGAGGUCCUCUCAAAUCACCAUAUCGAGAUGUUGAAACACAUCCGAGAGUCAGAGGUAAACACAGCCAUAAAAGAGAUCUACGAGUUGUCGGCCAAGAACAACAAUGCAAUAGUGGAGAUGAGAAGAUGGUUUGGCUAUGUAACCCUAAACGUUGUGUUUAUGAUGGUUAUAAAGAAACGAUUAGCUUGGGCUGUAACCCAGGAUGAGAAUGAAGGAAAUGAUCAAUCUCGAAAUGCGAUGAGAGAUUUCUUUGUGCUGACUGGGACAUUUGUAGCAUCAGAUUUACUUCCAUAUCUAAGAUGGUUGGACUUGGGUGGGUACGAGAAGGCAAUGAAGAAAAUAGCAAAAAAAUUAGAUCAUGAGCUUGAAGGAUGGCUAGAAGAACACAAGCAAAGAAGAAUUUAUGGGGAGGUAAAGAAGGAACAUCAAGACUUUAUGGAUGUGAUGUUGUCUAUUGUCGAUGACAGUGAGGAGAUUUCCAAUCAUGAUGCUGAUACAAGCUACUUGUCUGGUAUGCUUGUGAUAACCCUAGUUGUAAGGCUAUUAUUUCCUAAGUUCAAGACUCUUUUUAGUGACAUCAUCAUUAUAUCUGUUACGUCGGGGGACAUAGAAACGAAAUUCGUCUUUAAUUACCCACGCACGUCUAUAAGCGGACAAAUGAUCCCAGCCGAAAGGUGCUACAGUACAUACAUUGAACAUUAG